ACUGCAAGGGUACACCGUUUGCGGUUCACUGUCACUGUAACCCAGGGAUGAGCAUUUCGCGCUCUCACUCUAUUACUCGGACUCUGCAGUCAACAAGCCUCUAUCAAAAGAAGAAGACACCCCCUCGAGUGCGGGUUUGUCUUGUGGACAGUCAAUUCCACCCACACGUUCCGAACCCAUUGCAGAUGGAUCCUCUACAAUCUAACCUUGCGUGGCAUGAGGAAUUGGAGAAUUCAUGAUUUUAUCAAAACAAGAGAAGCUCGAUGAUCAUGGGGAUGAUCUUAGGUGCGUUUGAGUUAAAGUAAGCCCGAGAUUGCACGUCAUCGGAAAGAAGAAGUCGAAGCAAGUAAUGAUCAUCGACCCCGUGCAAGUUUCACACAAGACACAAAUGAUGGUAAAUUGAGCCAACAUAUGAUCGGGGUUUCAGGGAUGGCAGUUUGUAGUGUGGAUCUCCUAACACCUCCAAGUCGCAAUUCUUCAGCUAGGAGCUGAAGGGAAGGAGAGAUGUCUAUCGUCUGCACAUUUCAUCAGCUAGCUAUUUGACUGUACAAUGAGCUAUUUGUACUAUGGGAAAAGUGACACUGGAGCGAUGAAGUUAAUGACUGCACGCCAUGCAUUGGAUGCCAGGCACCUGUUAGUGACAGAGAAUAUAGAGCUAUGCUGCGUGAAACACCUAGUUUUCUUCAUCUGGCUGAGAUAAUCAUAAAGGAGGGAAAGGGAGAGGAAUUGAUGCCACAUGAAGCUGAUCCUUGUGCUCCAAUCAAUGCCCUCAGGUGGCAAGCUCCUUCAAGAUCUUUCCUGGGAUGGUACAUGGCUGGGCAAUUAGGAACCAUGUAAAUAGUUCUGAGCAAGUGAAAUCUGCCCAUGAAGACAUGAUAAGCUAGUUCAAGCAGCACCUGAAGGUGUAAAAGUCCUAAAUACAUCAGUACUCGUGGAGAUGUAUCAGAAAUUUGCAAAUGUAUACUUAGGUAUACCAAAAACUUCUGAGAAUGUUUAUUUCCAGCAGAUAGUGAGGCAAACAGGCUAGUAUUGAGGCGUGAAUGACAAACACAAAAACAUUAAGCAAAUAAAAAAUUU